UGGACUGAGAAACACAUUUACAGUAGAGAGGUCCUGUGCGCGUGACCGUGCUUUAUGAUGGAUUUUAUUGACGCUAUCAAACGCGUGGAAUGUUGCGCUGAAUUACGCGCGUCGCGACGCGUCAGGAUCGCGCGACGCUUUCACCGUUAGAACCGCUGGAGCUCAACGGAUCUGAUCUCUGUUAUCAGAAUGAGAAGUGACGAUCUCAGCAUCAGAGUUGUUAUUGUGAUGGUUUUCCUGUGGCCUGUUCUCGUGUGUCAUCAUGAAGAAAACCAAAGAAAGAUCCGGUCUGCGGCUGAUCCUCAAUCGUCAGGGUCGUGGGGAUCCUGGGGUCCGUGGCGGGACUGUUCCCGUUCCUGUGGUGGAGGACUUCAGGAACAGACCAGAGUUUGUUUGCCUCAUCACGGUCUCCAGUCUUCUGUAAAUCCCACUCCACAGACGGGGAACGCUCACUCGUGGAUACCACCGAACAGACCCGGAGGAGAGGACAGCUCGGAUUUAAAUCCACCCAGACCGAGAGAGCAGAGACCACUGAAUGGAUUAAGGAAAUCCAACAUCAGUCCAGGCACCUACGCUUACGGCAGAGCAUCUUUACAGAAAGAUUUCACGUCCAAGCACAGACAGAGACGCUCUGCAUCAAACAUCUCACGUCACAGAGCCAGAACGCAUCAUAGGAACGUAAACACGCGUCAGCAUCCGGCCCGGGUUCACAUACAGCAGCCCGGUGUGACCCAGACCACAGCGACAUCACUGCUAACCAGACACAACGCUCCGCUCCCAAACACCUCCUGUCCUGGAUCACCAAUCCAACACAAGAUCUGUAACAUCAUGGCCUGUCCGUCAUCAAGCAGACCAAUCAGAGAGCUGCAGUGUUCUGCGUUUAACACACGCCCCUUCAUGGGUCGACUCUAUAAAUGGGAACCUUUUCAUGACGGUGACAAUGAAUCGGAGUGUCAGCUCAACUGUCGGGCGGUCGGCUUUCGUUUCUAUGUCCGUCAAUCUGAUGACAUCAUUGAUGGGACUCCAUGUGAACAGAACAACUCGUCUGUCUGUGUUGCUGGAAAGUGUGAGACGGUGGGCUGUGAUGAUCUGGUGUCUUCAGUGAAGGUUCGUGAUAGAUGUGGUGUCUGUGCUGGAGAUGGCAGAACGUGUAAGCUGAUCUCAGGUCUGUUCCAGCACAGCCUCUCUAAAGUGGGUUACCACAAGAUCGUGGAGAUCCCACUGGGUGCUACUAAAAUAAACAUCACAGAGAUGGUGAAGAGUAGAAACUAUCUGGCUCUGCGCAGCCGGUCUGGCCGAUCCAUUAUUAAUGGAAACUGGGCCAUUGACCGUCCAGGAAUGUACGAGGGAGUAGGAACCAUGUUCACAUACAGACGACCCAAUGAGAUCACCAGCACCGCAGGAGAAUCCUUCUUGGCCGAAGGACCCACCAAUGAGAUCCUGGAUGUCUAUAUGAUCUACCAGCAGCCCAAUCCAGGCGUUCGUUAUGAGUUCCUCAUGCCUUCAGAGAACCCUGGAGACCCUCAGCAUGACGUAAAUGUUAUAAACAGACAGGCUGGUUCUGAUCCGAUCGGCCGGAAGGGUCCAGAGGAACGCGAGCGGUCAGGUGUGAACAGGAAUCCAAAUAAUCAGUUACCUGCUGCUCCUCACCCACAAACACCUAAAGAAUACAACUGGAAAUUCACCGGCACCACAGACUGCAGCGCCUCCUGUGGCAGAGGUAGCAGGUACGGCAUUUUCAGCUGCGUCCAUCGCAUAACGCACGCGCAGGUGUCGAGCGGUCUGUGUGACAGCAGUACCAAACCCAGCCUGCAGGAGGAGCCCUGUAACGUUCAACCGUGCCCGGCAUUCUGGGAUAUCGGCGAGUGGUCCGAGUGCAGUAAAACCUGCGGUCUGGGAACGCAGCAUCGCCAGGUUCUGUGUCGUCAGAUGUACGCCAACCGCACUUUAACCGUGCACGGCAGUCGAUGUCAUCACCUGGAACGACCGGAGAUCAGCAGCACCUGUCAGCUGAAGAUCUGCAGCGAGUGGCAGAUUCGCUCGGACUGGAGUCCCUGUUCAGUGCCCUGUGGUGUAGGUCAGCGGUCACGGCAGGUGCAUUGUGUCAGUAAUGUUGGUGAUAUUGUGGAGGAUGAGGAGUGCAACAUGCAGCUUCGCCCCGGUGAUGUGGAGAACUGUGAUGUGGGUCCGUGUACAAAAAGCUGGUUCUUCAGUGACUGGGGUUCUCAGUGUUCUGCAGAGUGUGGCGUGGGCAUGCGGACACGCAAUGUUUUGUGUCUCACCAAUCACAUUAGUAGUUUACCUCUGGAGGGUUGUGGAUCUGAGCGCCCCCCAGAGGUGCAAGCCUGUAACAACGGCCCAUGUGAGAGUCGCACGGAGUGGUUUGCAGGACCCUGGAGUCAGUGCUCGGCGGAGUGUGGCCCCGGCGGACAGCAGAGGGCAGUAGUGUGUUUGAUGAGAUCAGAUGAGGGCUUUACUGUGACGCCCCCGUAUGAAUGUUCAUCUCUGGACAAACCUCUAAGCCAACAGAGCUGCUUCAUCAAAACCUGUGGAGCCAUGUGGUACCACACAGACUGGAGCACGUGCUCAAAGUCGUGUGAUGGUGGUUACCGUGUGCGAGAGGUGCGCUGUAUCUCUGAUCACAUGAUCACCACUGACAGCUGUGAGGAAACAUCAAAGCCACACGUCAAAGAGAUCUGUAACCCUGAGCCCUGCCUUCCUGCGAUUGAUGAGAAAUGCAGAGAUAAAUAUUUCAACUGUAAUGUGGUGGUCCAGGCGCGUCUCUGCGUGUAUGAUUAUUAUAAGUUGGCGUGUUGUGCCUCCUGUACACGUGUAGAGCAGAAGAUGUCUGGACAGCGGAGACACAGAUACAGUCCAUGAAGGUCACUGUCACAUCAGAAGAUCUCAUCACUGCAAGAUAACAGAGACGACUGUUUGUGAAGAGCAUCUGAAGAACAGAAGAGAUGUUCAUGAUCAGAUGAUUGAACUACAGAGGAGAGAUGGACAGCAACUCUUUCUAUGAAGAACAUCAGCAUCACUUCUGAGAGUCAAACUCUUAUUAUUGAUCUCCAGUGGGUUCCUCUGAACACAGAAACAUGUCAUGAUACCUCAAUACUGAAGAACUGCGUUUAUUGCAGGAUUAAAUACUGUAUGUGAAUCAAUCAAUAAACCUGUGAGGUCUCCUAUAGUCAUUAACCAUAGCAGUGAUUCACAGUUGUAUAUAACAAAUACAAGCGCAAAACAUUUGCUGUUAAAAAUUUAAAAAAGAGAAAUUUAACAACUGGUUACUGGAUAACAAUGGUAUUGUGAAUUAUUUUUAGAAACACGUUUUUUUUUUUUCUUUACCCCGCUGUUAUAAACAGUGCUCUCUCUUUCUAUGUGUAUUUAUAUUUUACACAAAAUCAGAGUUAUCAACAUCUUUAUAUAUUCACUGUAAACUAAAGGCCAGUCCUAAUAAAUAUAAUCAAAUGUAAGUCAAUAUGAAUCGUGAUAUAUUGUCUAAACUCUAAAACGAUAUAAAGUCUUCAUGUUAAAUCAGUCUGAUGUAAUAGUCAUUCAAAUUCACCCCAAAAUUGUCUCUUAUUAAUGCGGUCAAAUGUAUGGAAGCCCAUUUCCGCAACAUAAAAAAUAAUCAUGCUCUGGUAAGUCAUAAUUAGGAGAUAAACUUACUUUAAUAGUAAUAAUUAUAAGAUAAAAGGUCAAAAAAAAAUGUUGAAAUGAUGAUUUUAAAAAGUGUGCGCACGUAAAACUAAACGCGAUAAUUUCACCUGCGCACACAAUAGUUUCACGUGUGUACGCGAAACUAAACUUAAUUUUUUUCUCCAUGUCCCCUUAGGGGCUCUGUAUAAAAGUCAUAGUUAUGAGAUAAAAAAGUAAAAAAUUAUGAGAUAAAAAGUAAUAAUUAUGAAAUAAAACAAAAAAAUUAUGACUUUAAAAGUCAGGGGUUUUAUCUUCAAAUUUUUGAUAUAAUUCAAUUAUUUUCAAAAUGAUGACUUUAAAUGUAAUAAUUAUGAGAUAAAACUUUAAAAUGUUGACUUUAAUUUUUACACAAUUAUGAGAUAAGUCAUAAUUAUGAGAUAAAACGUCUAAAUGAUGACUUUAUAAGUAAUAAUUAUAAGACAAAACAUAUAAUUUUGACUUUUGAAAGCAAAUUUCAGAGAUAAAAAAAGCCAUAAUUAUGAAAUAAAACGUCAAAGUUAUAACUUUUAAAAUCAUAGUUAUGAGAUAAAAAAGUAAAAAUUAUGAGAUAAAAAGUAAUAAUUAUGGAAUAAAACAACAAAAUGAUGACUUUAAAAUGCAUAAUUAUGAGAUUAAAAAAGGUCAUUAUUAUGAGGUAAAAAUUCGAAAUUAUGACUUUAAAUGUAAUAAUUAUGAGAUAAAAAAGUCAUAAUUCUGAAAUAAAACAUCAAAAAGUCAUAGUUAUAAGAUUAAAAAAGCCGUAGAUAAAAAUUCGAAAUUAUGACUUUAAAAGUCAAAAUUGUGACUAUAAAAAUCAUGAGAAAAAAGUCAACAUUAUGACUUUAAAAGUGAAAUUAUAUAGAGAUAGAGUCGGAAUUAUGUAUUUGUAUCUCAUAAUUAUGAUUUACCUGAGCAUUUAUGAGUACAGUUGUAGGAGCUGAGCGCGUGUCGCCCUCUUGUGGCCAAUGUGCAAUGACGUCACUCAUCAAAAAACUUGACUACAGAGAACAAAGCCCUACUUCUUUAUCUUUAACAAGGAACUUAAAUCCUACCUGGACACUCUCUCUGUAUCUAGCAACUCCAAAGCCCUAAGAACUGUCUCAUUGUGUCAUUUAUAUGACAUUUACUGAUUUUGUAACAUGCGUUGUAACCCCUGGCAUUAGUUUUGUAUGUUCUCAUUAGGUUAAUAAAAAAAAAAAAAAAAAAGAGAGAACAAAGUACGUUGUGUG